UCCUGCCUCCCUUUCUCUUUCUCUAUCAGCAGUCUGCACCGGGCCCGUCCGGAGCUUUCAGCUGGCUUUCACAUCACCGAGGAGCCGAAGAGGGAGCUGCCGCGGACACAACCUGCAACUCAACCUUGUUGUUUGAACAAGAAGUGAAGAAGUGUUGAGACCGAGCGCAGUGAAAUGUGGAGGCUGAUCUUUCUGGCCGCUCUCGCUGGGUUUUCCCGGGCCAGUGAUGUGCUUGAUUACACGGAUGAUGAUUUCGAAAGCAAAAUCGGAGACCACGGACUCGCUCUGGUGGAGUUUUUCGCCCCUUGGUGUGGCCAUUGUAAACGACUAGCACCUGAGUACGAGGCAGCCGCCACACGGCUGAAAGGCACCGUCUCUCUGGUCAAGGUUGACUGCACAUCCAACAGCAACACAUGCAGCAAAUACGGUGUCAGUGGCUACCCAACCCUGAAGAUCUUCAGGGAUGGAGAGGAAACUGGCCCCUAUGAUGGUCCCAGGACUGCAGAUGGGAUUGUUAGUUUCCUUAAGAAGCAGGCUGGCCCAGCUUCUGUGGAGCUCAAGACAGACGCAGACUUUCAGAAGUACAUUACAGACCAAGAUGCAAGUGUUGUUGGGUUCUUUGCGGAUGACAAGAGCACAGCACAGACAGAGUUCCUGAAAGCAGCCAGCGCCUUGAGGGACAACUACCGCUUUGCCCACACCAACUCUGAGGCUCUCCUCCAGAGCCACGGCAUUGACGGAGAGGGUGUCAUCCUGUUCCGCCCACCACGACUCAGCAACAAGUUCGAAGACAGCUCUGUGGCAUACAGCGAGGACAAAUAUACCAGCAACAAAAUCAAGAGGUUCAUCCAGGACAACAUCUUUGGAAUCUGCCCCCACAUGACAGACGACAACAAAGACCAGCUGAAGGGGAAAGACCUGCUGGUGGCUUAUUAUGAUGUUGAUUAUGACAAAAACCCCAAGGGCUCCAACUACUGGAGGAACAGGGUGAUGAAGGUGGCCAAGAGCUUCCUGGAUCAGGGAAAGAAGCUGAACUUCGCAGUGGCCAGCAAGAAUAUAUUCAGCCACGACGUGUCUGAGUUUGGCAUGGAUGGCAGCUCAGGAGAACUGCCUCUGGUGACCAUCCGCACCGCCAAGGGAGACAAAUACGCCAUGACUGAGGAGUUCUCUCGUGAUGGAAAAGCUCUGGAACGUUUCCUGCAGGACUACUUUGAUGGCAAGUUGAAGCGCUACCUCAAAUCAGAGCCCAUCCCAGAGAGCAACGAUGGACCUGUCAAGGUUGUGGUGGCCGAGAACUUCGACUCCAUCGUCAACGACGACAGCAAAGACGUGCUGAUCGAGUUCUACGCUCCCUGGUGCGGACACUGCAAGAACCUGGAGCCCAAAUUCAACGAGCUGGGAGAGAAGCUCGGCAGUGAUCCCAACGUUGUCAUUGCCAAGAUGGACGCCACAGCCAACGAUGUGCCAUCUCCAUAUGAAGUCAGCGGUUUCCCCACAUUGUACUUUGCCCCAGCUGGACGUAAGAUGAGCCCAAAGAAAUACGAGGGAGGUCGCGAGGUGAGCGACUUCCUCUCCUACCUGAAGAGAGAGGCCACCAAUCCUCUGGUGAUGCAGGAGGAGUCCAAGAAGAAGAAGAAGAAGAAGGACGACGACGACAAGAUAGAGCUAUAAAAGCUCCAAACAGGAACUCAACACCCCCCCCAACAACAGGAGGAGGACGAUUGGGGAAAUCAUGCAAAGAAAGAACUAAAUUAUAUUCCACUGUCUUAGUGAACUACCGAAUGCUCUGAAGCCAAGUCGAAAAGAUGCGGCGCUCCCUUUAGGUCCUCCACUGCUCUGGGAAAACUGUGGAAGGUGGUGGCCUGGGCCUGUCCGCUUGUUUAAAAACAAAAACAAAUUUUUAGGGAAGAGGGGACAGCUUUUGAAAAUUGAGAUUUUAUUUCCCCUGGUCUGUCUACCACACCUCAGACUGAUGCACUUUGGUUUGACACCAGUCUCCAGUCAGCAGUCAUAUUGGUUUUUGUUGUUGUCGUCGUCACAGGGGAUAAUGGUAAUGGUGAAUUCCUUUUUUUCUUUUCUUUUGUUCUUUUUGGGGUUUUUUUUGUUUUUGUAACACGUUUUUGUUUUUGUACAUUUGGAAGGAUUGUGAAAUAAAAAGGCCCACAAAACCAAAACCAA